GUUUUUGUUUUCAUUGGACUGAAUCAAACCGCAUUCUGCCGGAAGAUUUUCGCGUCGUCUGCAACCGAGUAUCGAGAGUUUCGAGUGUUUUGUCCUCCUUUUAUCGUCGUUAGUUUCGUACCGUCAACAUGAGUUACCAUCGGGGUGGACAACGUCGGGGAAAUAACUUUAACCGCGGCGGAGGCGGUAAUCGUCACGGAGGCGGCGGUGGAAAACGCCACUCGGAUGCCGGUCCGGUCGACGAGAAUAAUCCGGUGGUGUUGCAGUUCCGGGAGUACGCUCGGGAGCUGGAUGAGAAGCACGACCGGUACGAACGGAUUGUGAAGUGCAGCCGGGACAUUACGAUCGAGAGCAAGCGGAUUAUCUUUCUGCUGCACACGGUGGAUUCCAAGAAAAACAACCAGGCUCAGGUGUGCGAGGAAGCGAAGAAUCGCCUCCAUACGCUGUGCCGCACGCACUUUGCCACGAUCGCCAAGGAGCUGCACGGGCUGGAUCCGUACCAGUUCACGCGCGCUUACACGGCUGGCAUGCAGGAGUUUAUCGAGGCGUACACCUUCUACGAGUACGCCCAGUCCCAGAACAUUUCCCACUGGAAGGGCCUGCAGGAGAGGCUCCGUUACAAGAUUCCCGAGCCGAAGAAGGGCGCUCCGGUUGCUCCGGCUGGCGAAAAGGUCGAGGAAGAGCAGCCUGAUGCUGAAGCUGGUGGGGAAACGAUGGAGACGGAUGAUCCUCCAGUGGAACUAGCUUCACCGCAGAAGGAGAUCGAGAUCAGCUGUCUACUUUCGCCGAUGGACUUCGUUCUCGGCGUGGGCGAUUUAAGCGGUGAAAUCAUGCGCAAGUGCAUCAACUCGCUGGGAUCGGGCGACGUCGAGAGUUGCUUCGAGCACUGCCGGUUCAUGCAGGAGCUGUACAAGGGCUUCGUGUCCGUUGGGAAUCCGCGCAGUCGUGACUUUAACCAGAAGUUGUUUACGCUUCGCCAGAGUCUGCUCAAGAGCGAGAACGUGUGCUACAACGUGAAGGUCCGCGGCGGAGAGGCGGCCAAGUGGGGCAGCACUGACGACGGCGGUGCGGCUUCGUUCGGAGGUAUGGCCAGGGAGAACCAGGACGAGGAUGAGGGAGUUUUCUUCUAGAGAAGGUAGAGUGGAUUUUGUGAUUUUUCAGAAAAGAACAUUCAUUUAUUGAGGACUGUUAAUUAAGGUUCUCGCCCCCACAUAUGGAAAUGGAAUAAAUUAGAGGCAUUCUAAAACAGAACAAA